CUGGUCGGCCUAACUCUCCCAGGAGGCCAAGGACUUUAUUUACUUUAUUAUGGGCUUAUUUAUUCUAUGAUUUUUGUCAGAAUGUUCUGCACAAAUACUACACAUAUUUUCCAGAAUUAGUAUUACUGUUUGUUCUCCUACUUUCAAAUUUUUAUUUUUGGUUCAAAGUCUUCACAAAUUUAUGAGGAUUCGGUACUUUUUGAGGAACCAUCCAUUUUCAACCGGUACCCAUUCUUUUUUCAUCUAUUGCAAAUUGAAGACCGCUGCUGAAUAUCGGAAUCAACUCCGGUAAAUCGGUGUUGGAUGACUCCGACGACAUCAUGAUCAUCGGUUGAAUAACCGGAAAAGAUUUGGCAAAAUUAAAGAACCAAAUCGGCAAAAAUUUGUGAGGAGGGACAACCGGAUAUGGAAAUUUGAAAGUUAGUGACAGUACGUAAAAGGUCUCAUUGUGGAUAUGUCUCCCAAAUAUUGACACCUAAAAAACGAAACAAACGUAUCCUUAUUUUCGUCAAUCACGGUUAAGGCAACGAGACCUUUUACUUUAAUUUUGUCAAUAUUUGGGUGGCAUUCAACAAAUUAUUUGUAGAUGAGAGCAGCAACCAAAUUCCUCUCCCUCCCUGCACCAGCUUCCAAACCCGAGUCUACAAGUAGAAAUGGAAGAAAAAGGUCCUGCACAGAAUACAUAGUUGCAAAAUUUGGAUAACCCCAUAAACAAGAUGGAUUACAUGUUGGAAGAUUUUGCUCAUGCAAUUGAGCGGGUAGAAUCUUCAAUACCCCGACUAAACGAUUACUGGAGUUUGGAUGGUGUUACAUUGGAGAGGUUGGAAUCUGUAACAGUGGAGCUGAACUUUCUGUACCUUUUUGUUGGUUACUCUUACAAAUGGAGUGAUGCAUCCUCUUCUGCAUUAUGCCAUAGUGAAACCGAGAUGAAUUCCCUGUACAUCAAAUUCGAAGAAUUAAUUAGUCAUCUUCGGCAUGCUUUCAUUGACAGAUUCACACAUCCAUAUCAUAAAUUUAAUACAAAUCUUUCCGAGUUGCUUGCUUUCUACACUUCUUUCAAUCAAAACAUUGACCAUUUGAAGUCAGCGAUCCAGACAGCUUACCAAGGUGGAUCCUCAGUGUCAACCCAAUCAAUCCACCCUUGCCCUCCUUCUACAACAACUUAUGACUGGAAGUUCUUUUGUGAUUCCCUACGAUGGAAUAUCAAAUAUUUGUCUAACUAUGGAGUUUAUUCUUUGAGGACGCAAAUGAAAGCCCUGCACGGAAGUCUGUGUUCUCUCGACAAUCUUUCUGUGUUUGUAAGUCUUCAUGAUGAUUGGUCACCUUGGAUGGACAAAAUGAUGGAUUACAUUAGAGGAACAAUUGUGCAGGUUGCUCAUUUGUGUUGCUUCUGUUGGUAUUCAGCACCACUGAUUCUAGAAAUAAAACCACAUGUGGAGAAUAGCCUCUCAGAUCUGCUGUCAAAAUCCGAUACAGGUUCUUCCGAGUUUGUAGGCAUUGCUCUGGGAUUCCUACGACCCUAUGAUGAAGAACAAUCUGAAAAAUCUGUUUGCCAUUUUCUUUAUGAUAUGCUUGGUUUAGAAGACCAAGAAGGAUUUCUUUUUCAAGCAAUCAAAUUCAUACUAUUCAAUUUCAUCCAACUGACAGAGGAUAUGGAUGACUUCAGUGGCAUAUCCCUUUCAGAUAGGACGAAAUUCGUGGUCUUGCUCACCAUCAGUUUAAAAGGUCAAUCCAGGAGACAUAAAACUUACUUUGCAUUGUUGUUGGCACAUAUUUGGAGUAUGAUAGCCAUCGAAAUUCAAAGUAGCAAGUUGGAUGAACAUGUCAAAGCUUUCCAUGAGGGGUAUAGACUUCUAGAAGAUAUGUUUUCAUCAAUGGAUGAAAAGUCAAAAGAAUAUCAGACCUGGAAGGUUAUUGAAAGAGUUCCUAAGAAGGUGCAGUCUCUAUAUCAGUAUUAUCGAAGUGAGGAGGCUCAAUUGGUGUAUCACAUGUUUGCCAAUUUAUACUUACACUUUACUGCACAAAUGAGCAUUAUAAACCUGAUGGAGGUGAUCUCAGAGUUGAUGCAGGAGGAUUCAAGUCUGAUGCAAAAGUAUGGAACUUUUUUCAGAGAACUAUUUUUCUUGAAGGAUGCAGUAAUUAUUAUGACAGUGGAGGAAAUUAUGGAGGGAGAUAGUCAGCUAUUCAAAGACUUCGUUAAUGUAUUUCUAGAUUUAAUUAUCAGAAAGAGAGGAGUCAAUUACAUGAACGUGCCGCAUCUGUUACAAAAAGUUCUGCAACUAAAGGAAAAGUUCAAUCUUCAACUUCCAACAAUUACUCUUCCAAAGACUCCUGGAUUAUGUUUCAUCGAGUUUCUUGUUCCAAAUCUAAGAGAACUGCUUAGCCGUAACCAUGAUCUAGUGCCAUCAGCUGUCCAGCUAAUUGAGGCCAUCUGCAGUGAUUUAGAGUUCAUAAUAUCUGCAUUUGGGUAUGUUCUCAAGCAUGAGUUUGAGCAACAAGAUUCCAAAGAUCUUCAUACACAGCUUACUAAUGCAGGAUAUUUGGCAGAAUACAUGAUCGACUUGAUGGCGCUUGGUGAUGAUACUAAGACUCAGCACUUAAUGGGGCUUCAUCAUGCUGCAGCAGAGAUCAGGAACAUCAAGUGGCAGCUCAAUGACUCAUACAAGGGGCACACUUGUGGUGGUGGCGCUCCAAUUAUUCCUCAGAAGGUGAUGCUUCACACGUCACAGGUUACCACUACCACUGUCGAGAUACCUAUGAUUGGCUUCACUGAUGAGAAGAAAGAUAUAAUUGAUCUGCUUACCGGAGAUAAACAAAAGCGAGAUAUUGUCUCAAUCGUGGGAAUGCCAGGCAUUGGUAAGACCACUUUGGCUCAUAAUGUGUUCUGCAAUGCAACUGUUAUUUAUCACUUCAGUAUUCGUGCUUGGUGUUGUGUGUCGCAAACAUAUAGGCGGAGAGAUUUAUUGCUUGAUAUUCUAAGCCACAUUAUACCUAUCACCGAAGAUACUCAUAAGAGUAGUGAUAACGAUUUGAAAGAUCUCUUGCGUAGACAAUUGAAGGGGAAAAAGUACUUGAUCGUGAUGGAUGAUAUGUGGAAAAUUGAGGCUUGGGAUGAUCUGCAAAUCUCAUUUCCAGAUGACUCACAAGGUAGUAGAAUCUUGAUAACAAGUCGUGCCAUGGAUGAGGUUUCAAAAAUCAGCACCAAAACUCAAAUUCUUCUUCCACUCUCUGAAGAGGAAAGUUGGCAGUUGCUAAAGUCAAAGAUAUUCCCAAAAGAAGAGUGUCCUGAAGAACUUUUGACAGUGGGACAAGAGAUUGCCCGAAAUUGCAAAGGAUUGCCUCUUGCAAUUGUUGCAAUAGCUGGCAUUCUGAAUAGGUGUGGGAAGAACCCAGACUUGUGGAAACAAAAUGCUAAACGUGUACGCUCACUUGUACUCAAUGAUCCAGGAAUGAACUGCAAGGAAAUCUUAGAACUGAGCUUCAAUCAGUUACCAGAUCACCUCAGAGCUUGCUUUCUGUAUUUUGGUGCAUUUCAAGAGGAUAAGGAUAUUUCAGUUUGGAGAUUACAAUUGUUGUGGAUUGCGGAAGGCUUUGUACCGAAAAUGGAGUCCAAAAGUGUUGAGCAUCUUGCCGAGGAUUGCCUGAUGGAUCUCAUUGGAAGAAGCCUCGUAAUAGUGUCCAAAAGAAAGUCAAACGGUAAGGUAAAAGCAUGCCGGGUUCAUGACAUGGUACGUGAUUUGUGCAGGUUGAAAGCUAAAGAUGAAAACUUUUGGCAGUUUGUAUCUGGUACUGAUGAACCUUACUCUGAAUUUGAUGCAUCAAACAGUGAUAUUCCGCUUGAGUUUUUAAAUAUUUCAAAUAAAACGUACAAGGAGUAUCGACUAUGUUUCAGCAUGAAGCGUAAACACUUUGUUGCAUCAAAGCCUUCUGGGCCAUUUGUCCGAUCUUUACUGUUUUUUGCCACCGCUGAUAUGCACCCAAGAUGCCCCUAUGAUGUCUCAUUCAUUCCUAGCAAUUAUAAACGCCUAAGGGUGUUGGAUUUGGAAUCCAUAAAUAUGGGUUAUUCCUUGCCAAAUGGAAUAGAAUUGAUUCUUGAUUUGAGGUAUUUAGCAAUUUCUGGUGAUGUGGAUUCUAUUACUCCAUCUCUGUCCGACCUAAAGAAUUUGGAAACUUUACUUGUGAAGAGUUCAACAGAUAUGGUGUUGUUACCGGAAACCAUAUGGAGAAUGACAAAGUUGAGGCAUAUUCAUGUGACUAAUUUCGCCACCUUCAUUUUCCAUCAUGAGGAACAUGGAAGUACCUCUGAGUUAUAUAACUUGGUGUCGCUAUCCUUGCCAUGUUUUACAUGCAGGAAGGAAACCAGUGACAUGAUGAUGCGGUUUCCCAACCUUCAAAAGUUAAGAUGCCUAGUUCUAGAACCACGAGAUUUUUCGGAGGGUACUUUUCAGUUUCCUGCAUUUGGAUCACUCUGCCAGCUGGAUUCGCUCAAGGUAUCUUAUUAUGGCAAGGUUCUUAACGUUGGUGAACUUAACUUCCCCUCAAGUAUAAAGAAGUUGACACUAUCAAAUUUCCGUCUGCCCUGGAGUCACAUCUCAGUGAUUGGGAGAUUGCAUAACUUGGAGGUCCUCAAAUUGAUUUCUAGAGCAUUUGAAGGGUCGAGAUGGGACAUGGAAGAAGAGGAGUUCUCGAAGCUAAAAUACUUGAAAUUAGACACCCUGAAUUUUGAAUGUUGGAAUGCUUACAGCGACAAUUUCCCCCAGCUUCAGCAACUUGUAGUGCGACAUUGCAUGGAGCUUGAAGAGAUACCUAUUGACUUUGCGAGUAUCUCAACAUUGCAGGCAAUUGAAGUUCAACAAUGUGGAAUUUCAGUUGAAGAGUCGGUCGGAAGAAUCAAAGAACAAGAUAUUGAGGGCCUCAUGAUUGUUAUCAACAGUUCCCAUUCCACUUCUUAAGGACCAUCAUUUUAACGUGGAUAUCUGGUUGUUUGUAACUUCUGCAGCUGAGCUAUAAAUUCUUUGCUCAUAUCAUCCAAAUAUAGAUGUUCGAGCUUGGACAAGUGUUGAACGCCCCAAGGAAAUUCCUCCAGUGACUCAAGGGACUUGAUCUGCAGAAUCCCAAGGUUAGGCAUUGCUCCCUCCUCCACUAUCAACAGUUUCAAACCAUGUAAUUUGCAAAGUGUCAAACUCUCCAGCUUCAAAAGCAUCCUGCUUCGAAGCACAGAUUCUCCCCUUCAAACGCCUCAUACAUGUCAAUAUCACGCAAAUUUGGCAAAUUUUGAAGAGACUUAAGGGGAUCAUCCCUUAACUUGCUCCACUUGAAUGCUAUUGAGGUCAAUCCUUGUAACGAAGACAUAAAUUUGGGUAGCCUUUGCAAGCAUCCCCUCAAACCUAACCUUUGAAGAUUUUGGAGAGUUGAAAUGUCCAUAUCUUCCAAAUCAAUCACCAUGUCAUCCUCUAUCGCCUGAAGAUAUAACCGCUGAAGAUUGGAAAGCUUUUCCAGAGAAGAACACAGUUGUCUUCCGUGUUCUGUUCUUAAGUUGGUAAUGCCAAGCCUUUUCAAUUGCUUUAGCUCUCCUAUCUCUUUCAUUAAUGUUUCAGUUGCUUCUAUGCAUGAUAAGCACUCUAGAUGAUAAAGCCUUGAAGUUUGAUUUGGACAUUUAGAACCCUUGUAAGAAAAAUCUGAAAACAGACGAGAAUAAAAAAACAGUAGAUGAGCGAGUCCUUCCAUCUUCAGUAUUUCUUCAGGUAACUCCCGGACAAAAGUGUAUGAUAGAUCCAAAUACUCUACAUUCUUCAAAGAACCAAUGGACUUUGGAAUAACUUCUACUCUUGUGCGUCUGAGACUCAGAGUUUUCAGAUGAUAUAACCUGAAAACUGCUUCUGGAAUUUGCUCCAACUGUGUGCCUUCGAAAUCUAAUACAUUCAGUAGUUUAGAAGCACUAUGUAACAGCUCGAACAGUAUGGAUUUUGUCAAUGGUUCCUCAGAGUUGGAAGACUACCACAGAUCGCAUAUACUUCAAUCGAGUUCUAUCUACCAUGUCAUAUCUGCAAUCAUGUAUUGCUAGGCGUCUAACCUUCUUAGGCCAACUCAUUCGUUCUCUCGUCGCUAUUGUUGCAAAAUUUUGUCUGCUUGACUUGAAAAAAAGAAUUUCUCUUAGAAGGUCAUGAAUAUGAAAAACUCUUAGACUUGGAUCUAAAGCUUGAUAUCUGACUUGAAAUAGGCUUCUACUGGUAAGUUCACCAAGAUAGGUGCGAGCAACUUCAUAUUUAGUCAAUCCUGUCUUCUCCUCAACCAAUCCUUCUGCAAUCCAUAAUCUGAUUAGCUUCACCUCUCUUAUCUGGUACCCCGCUGGAAAAAUACUUGCAUAUAAUAAGCAAGCCUUCAGAUGAAAUGGGAGCUCAUUGUAACUGAGGUUAAGCGUUUCUCUUAAAACUCCCAACUUACCGCGUAACUCCAAUUCACUACCCAGACUACGUUCAACCAUAUUCCAUUCAUCUAUUCUGCUUUUGUCUUUCAAAGACAACAAUCCACUACCAACUGUGACAAUUGCAAGUGGCAGCCCCUCACAGCUUUCCAGUAUCCUUUUAGCAAUAUCUUUAAGAUGAGCAGGGAAUCUCCUUUGAAGGUCUUCUUGCAGAACAGAAGCCAAGAGUCAUCAGGACAUAAAGGCUGCAUUUGGUGGAGAUAGCUAUUAAAUUCAACACUGGAGGCAAGAGCUGCAUCUUCUAUACGGGUAGUGAGCAUCACACGAUUGCCACAACCACCCUCAGGCAUCACUAACUUAAUAACAUUCCAAAAAUUUGGAUGCCAGACAUCAUCGAACACAAUCAGAUACUUUUUUUCUUGGAGGAAUUCUUUGACGAGCAUCUUCAAAAGCUCAGUAGGUAUCGUAGAGGCCACCUGUUCAGGAACAGGUUUUUGAAUGUUUUGAUACAGUUGCUGAAUCAAGUCCUUGAGCAGCUCCGUCAUAUCAAAGGAUUGGGAGACAGUAACCCAAGCUAUGAUCUCGAACUGUCUUUUCACAUCCGGAUCUUCCUGGACUUUUCUAACCAGGGUAGUUUUGCCUAUUCCUCCCAUGCCCAAAACUGAAACAACUUUCAUGUUGCGAUCACCAUCUAGGACUUCAGACAGUAGUUGUUGCUUUGGGAGAUUAAUGCCCACCAGCUUUGUUUCUGCUACAAGAAAGGCUUCAUCCUUAUAAUUAUUCCAUGAGUUGCUGACAGACCCAUCAAAACCUAAAGCUUGGACAGAGUUGCCAUUUUCAAAUAGAUACCUAUUUCGACACUUGUGAUCCUGAAUUUCUGACAAAAAUCCAUGCCGAUCAAUGCGACCAAAAUACAUCAUAAAUUCAUCCACAACAUCUUGAAUGUCAUAAGCAACAUCCUGCACUUGAAAUAUCCAUUCUUGAAGCCUAGGAUCUUCUUCUUCUCUACCUUCUGCAAACAUCAAGAAGGCUUUCAUCUGGCCAAGCUCAUCAACAAUACCCUGAAUUUCUUCUCCAAGGCCUCCUAACAAUUUAGCCUCAUUUACAAGCAAAGCCGAAAGCUGAUUUAACACGCAAGAAACAACACCCAAGCUCAUCCUUGAGAAAGAUUCUUUUCUCCCGGGCAAAGAGUUUCCUUGAGAGAAACUAUUUUUCCCGGACACAGAGGUUGUUUGUGUUGAAGUUUGCGCUAUUCAAUCGCAGGAUGCUUGAAGAUUAAGGGUGAUGAUGACAAAACUGAACUUCCCUAACUCCUAUGUUAAGUGAACAUCAUUUAGUUAAAAAAAAAAAAGAAAAAAUCUACAGUAUUACUGAAUCAACACAAACAAUAAGACUACUAGUCAAGUUUUGGCUGAUAAUCAACUCUUCCUGAUCAAACUUAAGUUGAGAGCUAUUUACCAUUGAGCAAAACUACAAAAAAAAAUUCUGCCAUCUAUUCUUUAUAAGUGAAAACCAUCUUGAAGGUGAGAUAAUUGCACAACUAAACGAUAGAAGUCAUUUCUCACCGAUAAAGGAUUCAAACCAUAAAAGACAGCCCAAAAAGCAUGUAAAAUGAUACUCAGGUGAAAAUCAGCAAUGUACCCAACUGGACCAAUUUCAAAUUUUUGAGGAACUAAUCAAAAGGAUUCCUUCUUUUUUUUUUUCAUCUCUUCCAGCUGGGAUCAAAUCUGAAAACGAAAAGCAAAGAAAACAAACCCAUUAAUCAACGACCUUAUCAGAUAUGAUGCCCAAUUGAAGGUGAACUCACUCUUCUUUGUACUUUCCUCAGACGGAUUCUUUACGAAUUUGCAUAAAAAUGAGCUUCAAUUAGCAAUAGAAAAGAAAAAUCUUCAC